CACUGAAAGGAAGAACUGCCCAUACAUAUUCGAGUCUUCCGAUCUGACUCCGAGCCCGCAUCCCCGUCAGUCGUCUCUUUUCCCCACUCCCCAGAUCACGAUGCUGCCAGUGUCCCUGAAGAGGGAAGACACGCGGAAACAGGUAAAAACCAUUUUGCUUUUAUUUUGCAUUCAACAAGCAAGUUAUUAUGGAACAGCAGUUAUGGGCCAGGCAUACCUCCCAGAGCUGGGAACACAGCGGGGACCUCCCUGGCUCUCUCUUACUGGUGUUACAAUAGGUUGUAGACAGACCCCUGUCUUGAGCAUCCUCCUUGCCAGGCCUGUUGAGUCUUCUGAGAGUAUGGUGGGUUAUUGGAUGCCCAAGAGGGAAGAAGGAGCCAGGCAGGUCGGCCCCAAGGUUCUGCAAGGCCCUCAACAGGCCUGGACUGAGGAGGUCUGGACAGCAUGGCCCUGUCCUGAGCUUCUGUGCAUAAUAACUGCUGUCCCUAACCUCCAUCCCACCCUCAGCCUUCCAAUUCCCGGGCCUGGGGCCCUACUUCUGUGUUCCAGAGACUCCUGGAGCUCCUUGAGGCAGCACACAGCCCUGCUCUGGAGGCACCCAUCUCCCACUCAUGCUGGGAUGCUCCAGCCCGUCCCAGAGCAGGGUGUGGCUGGAGGGUGCUGGCAGAGAAGGGACAAUGGCCCGGCUCCUGGAGGCAAGUGUUGGCUGCAGGGAACAGAGUCCAGUCCUUGCCACAGCCCUUGUUACCCCUUAGGUAACCUUAAGGGGAUUUCAAAGAACACUGGCUCUGCAACCCUGCUAAGUUUUUUAUGGAACAUGUAAAAUAGAUCCCAUGGCCAAAGAAGCAUGGACAAUGUAUUAUACUAUACUCUAAUCCCCAUGUCUGGAGAUUAAUGGUGUAGAUAGAGUUUACUAAAAGGUUUUUAAAGUCCUGCAGUAAAGAAUCUUACUUAAGCCAGGUGCGGUGGCUCACGCCUGUCAUCUCAGCACUUUGGGAGGCCAAGUUGGGGGGAUCACCUGAGGUCAGGAGUUUGAAACCAGCCUGGCCAACAUGGUGAAACCCCAUCUCUACUAAAACAAACAAACAAACAAACAAAUUAGAUGGGUGCGGUGGCACAUGCCUAUAGUCCCAGCUACUCAGGAGGCUGAGGCAGGAGAAUCACUUGAACCCUGGAGGCGGAGGAUGCAGUGAACUGAGAUGACACCACUGCACUCGAGCCUGGGCGACAGAAGAAUGAGACUCUGUCUCAAAAGAAAAAAAAGAAUCUUACUUAACUCUUUAACCCUGCCUUUCUCAAGUGUAUGUGACCUUGAAGACGUUUUUUGCAUGUGACAUGAUGAGUACCUGCAGGGCUGAUGUCAGCUCUGCCUGGGGAAUCUGCCUCAGCUUCAGACCCUGCACCCCAAAUUCUUGCUUAGGCCAGGCCAGACCCCCUUCCUGCUGCCAGCAAGCAGCUUAGCUUUCCCCACACCCAUGAACAGACACCCAGCAGCCCUUGGCAUGAGCCAUGUGGCCCGAGGAGAUAAACAGACAGAGAGAGGAACAUUGAUGCGUGGGAAAUGUUGGCAGGUGAGUGGGAGGGGCUUGGGUUGGUGCUGAGACCGGAGACACACUCUGCUGUCACAUCCUUCAGGGUCCCCGGGGGCCAGCACGGAGGGCCAUGAUCAUGUAAAUUGGGACUUAAAUUUAACUCUAUGUAAAUAUAACUCUAUGCAGAGGUCAGGGAUGGUGGAGGACAAGCUCAUUGCAGAGAAAGAGAGAAAGAUGGGCAACAGUUGCAGAACCUAACCCACAGAUAGGUUUUGUUUGACCAGCUCUGUAUAUUUUUAGUUUAUUUAUUUUUAAUUUUUUUGAGACAGAGUCUUGCCCUGUUGCCCAGGCUGGAGUGCAGUGGCAUGAUCUCGGCUCACUCCAACCUCUACUUCCUGGGUUCAAGCAAUUCUCCUGCCUCAGCCUCCUGAGUAUCUGGGAUUACAGGUGUGCACCACCACGCCUGGCUAAUUUUUUGCAUUUUUAGUAAAGAUGGGGUUUUGCCAUGUUGGCCAGGCUGGUCUUGAACUGCUGACCUCAAGUGAUCUGCCUGCCUUGGCAUCCCAAAGUAUUGGGAUUACAGGUGUGAGCCACUGCGCCUGGCUCACCCAUACUUUGUUACUGGUUUUAGAAUUCCUUUUUACCUGGUCUUUCAAACCAAGUUUUGACCACGUCUGUCCCUGAGUAUAAUCCUUGAUGAGUAGCACCAGAGAGAGCUCCACGUUACCCGGGGCCUGGCAUUCAAAGCACUCAGUGGUCUGGUGCCACUCAAAGCCUGCGAGUCAGGCAGGAAGUUUAUAAAAUUAGAGAUGGAUGAAUGGAUGGAUGGGGAAAAGGAAGCAAGGGAGGAAGGAAGGAAGAAAGGAAGGAGUUCUGGGAAGAGAGAGAGGCUGCCCCCACAGGGCUGUCAGUUUGAAGGAGAGGCGCAGCAUACUCAGAAAAAACUCCUGGCCAGGAGUGGUGGCUCACGCCUGUAGUCCCAGCACUUUGGGAGGCUGAGGCUGGCAGAUCACCUGAUAUCAGGAGUUCAAGACCAGCCUGGCCAACAUGGUGAAAACCCAUCUCUACUGAAAAUACAAAAAUCAGCCAGGCGUGGUGGCACCUGCCUUUACCCAGCUACUUGGAGGGCUGAGGCCAGAGAAAAGCUUGAGCUUGGGAAGCAGAGGUUGCAGUGGGUGGAGAUCGCACCACUGCACUCUAGCCUGGGAGACAGAGCAAGACUCUGUCUCAAAAAAAAGAAAGAACUCCAUGAGCAUCCCAAAUGCCACAUCCCUGUAAUGCAACCAGACCCGGUCCUCCCGGAUCCAGGGGAAGGGUCGGAGCUCAGUGGGUGAGCAAGAAAAGCCAUGUGGAAGAAGUAAGUGGCCAGAUGGCUCAAAGACAAACUCUCCCCU